CAAACACGUAACGUAACCCCUCCCCUCUACCCUUUUCUUCUUCUAAAGCCGUCUGCUUUUCCUCCUUUCCCUUCCCUUCAAUAAUUAAAAACAUAAAACCCUAAUCCCAAACCUAACCCUAAUCUCUCUCUUUUAUUAUUAUUAAACUCAGCAAUUCUGAUUACUAUCUAAUAUUUUUGAUUUUGAUAUUUGAUUAUUGAGAGUGUGUGAGAGAGAUGGUUGCUUCAACUGCUGCUGCUGCUGCUGGUGGUGGUACUAUUACUAGUAGUGGACAGCAGCAGACGCAUACACUGUCAGCGAAAGUGAGGAAAACUAUACAAUCGAUCAAAGAAAUUGUGGGUAAUUUCUCCGAUGCUGAUAUUUACAUGGUCCUUAAAGAGACCAACAUGGAUCCAAAUGAGACCGCUCAAAAACUGCUCAAUCAAGAUCCAUUUCAUGAGGUAAAGAGAAAAAGAGAAAAGAAGAAAGAGAAUACAAGUUACAGAGGCUCUGUUGAUUCAAGAAAACAUUCUGAGAAUUUUGGUCAAGGGAUGAGACCUCAUACAUUUUCAGAUCGUAAUGCUCAACGAGGAGGCUAUACUCGAACUGCUUCCCCUGGUAAUAGAGGAAUCAACAGAGAAUUCCGUGUUGUGAGAGACAACAGAGUUAACCAAAAUACAAGUAGAGAACCAAAGCCUGCUUUGCUGCAAGGUUCAACAUCAGCAAAGGAGCAAGGAAGUGGAUUUGUUACCGAAAAAGGCAGUUCAACAGGAAUUUCAAGCAACUUAAAGCCUUCCGAUGCACGGAGUUCACACCAAGCUUCUAAUGGGCCUAUUGAUUCAGAACCUAGACACAACAUAGAUGGUGAUAGGAAAGUGGUAUCAGAGGAAAAGGGUUCUAUAGCUUCUAAUGUUACUACUUCAAGGGUACAAGUGGCGAAAUCCAAUAGUUCUCAACAACACAAUGCAUUGCAAACUUCAAGCAAUCCUGUUGUUGGGGUGUACUCCUCCUCGACAGAUCCUGUGCACGUGCCAUCUCCUGAUUCCAGGUCAUCUGGUGUUGUUGGGGCGAUUAAGCGUGAGGUUGGGGUGGUGGGUGGUCGCCGCCAGUCCUUUGAAAAUGCAGUCAAAGAUUUGUCAUCAAGUAAUUCAUUUUCAGAAUCAUUUCGUCCUUUCACUGCAAUAUCUAAGACUGAUCAAGUCAGCCAAACUGCUGCAAUUGAACCAAUGCCAAGCAUCCCUGCUAACAGAUCAUUCUUAAACAAUCAGUAUAACAGCAGGCCACAUCAACAAGCCAUGGGUCAUCCUAAAGCUUCACAACAUAACAAAGAGUGGAAACCAAAGUCGAGUCAGAAAUCAAGUGUUCCUAGCCCUGGAGUGAUUGGAACACCUGCAAAAUCCAGUUCGCCUCCCACAGAUAAUUCAAAGAACAUGGAAUUGGAUGCAGCUAAUUUGCAGGACAAGUUUUCACAAAUAAACAUCCAUGAAAACCAGAAUGUAAUCAUAGCACAGCAUAUUCGAGUCCCUGAGACUGAUAAGUGCAAGCUGACCUUUGGGAGUUUUGGAGUGGGAUUUGAUGCUUCCAGGACACCUGGAUUUCAAGCAGUUGGGAUUUCAGAAGAAUUAAAUGGGGAAUCUGCCAUCAGUUUACCAGCAUCUGCUCCGGAGUCUUCCAGUGAUGAUGCUUCUGGUGGAAAGCAGAUUGAGUUGCUAGAUGAUCAAGCAAGAAAUUAUGGAUCUGAUUCACCUGCAGCCAGUUUAGAAUCAGAACAUCCAUUGCCUGUGAAGUCAUCAGGUCCUCCAAACUUGGAUAAUUAUGCUGAUAUUGGUUUGGUUCGAAACAGCAGUCCAUCCUAUGCUCCUUCAGAGUCACAGCAGCAGCAAGAUCAUCCUGAACUACCAAGCUUUUCGGCAUAUGAUCCCCAGACUGGCUAUGAUAUAUCAUACUUCCGACCCCAAAUUGAGGAGACAGUACGAGGUCAGGGUCUGCUAUCUCCACAUGAGGCCUUAACCACUCAUACAGCCACCAUUCCUGCAUCAACAAUGUCCACGGUGCAGCAGCAGCCUCCAAUGGCUCAAAUGUACCCACAAGUUCAUGUCUCACAAUUCACAAAUCUUGUGCCAUAUCGUCAGUUCAUCUCUCCGGUUUAUGUUCCACCAAUGCCCAUGCCUGGCUACUCCAGCAGCCCUGCAUAUCCACAUCCUUCAAAUGGCAAUAGCUACUUGCUGAUGCCUGGAGGUGGCUCCCAUCUCAAUGCAAAUGGCCUCAAGUAUGGAAUCCAGCAUUAUAAGCCAGUUCCCGGCAACAAUCCUGCUGGUUUUGGAAAUUUUGUGAGUCCAAGUGGGUAUGCUAUUAAUGCUCCUGGUGUGGUUGGAAGUGCAACAGGCCUCGAAGACUCAUCUCGAAUGAAGUACAAAGAUGGAAACCUUUAUGUGCCUAAUCCACAGGCCGAGGCAUCUGAAAUUUGGAUUCAGAACCCAAGGGAGAUCCCGGGCAUGCAAUCUGCUCCAUACUAUAACAUGCCUGGGCAAACACACACUGCUUAUCUGCCAUCCCACACUGGUCACGCGUCCUUCAAUGCAGCUGCAGCACAAUCUUCUCACAUGCAAUUCCCAGGCUUGUAUCCUCCUACUCCACAGCCAACUGCAAUGGCAAGUCCGCACCAUUUGGGUCCCGUUAUGGGUGGUAAUGUUGGAGUUGGUGUUGCCCCAUCUGCUCCCGGGGCACAAGUGGGUGCUUAUCAGCAGCCUCAAUUAGGCCAUCUCAACUGGACAUCAAACUUCUGAAAGUAGAUGUCAAAUCUAAUCCCGUGCUUCUAAGGGAUUGAAGUGGUUAUAGAAAUUUAGAUUUCUUUGUGAAAUGUAUUACCCUUUUAUCUUCUUUUCUUUAAUGCAAUCAAAGUAAAAUUUUAGGCAUUCUA